AUGAACCACCUCCUCAUCAACGUGAGGAAGACCAAGGAGAUGAACCACCUCCUCAUCAACGUGAGGAAGACCAAGGAGAUGAACCACCUCCUCAUCAACGUGAGGAAGACCAAGGAGAUGAACCACCUCCUCAUCAACGUGAGGAAGACCAAGGAGAUGAACCACCUCCUCAUCAACGUGAGGAAGACCAAGGAGAUGAACCACCUCCUCAUCAACGUGAGGAAGACCAAGGAGAUGAACCACCUCCUCAUCAACGUGAGGAAGACCAAGGAGAUGAACCACCUCCUCAUCAACGUGAGGAAGACCAAGGAGAUGAACCACCUCCUCAUCAACGCCGCGCCAGAAAGCAAGAGACAGCAGCCACACAGAAAUGGAUCAAAGUCGACAGAAGCGUCGUAG